CCCCCAGGCCAUCGUGAAACCUAGUAAGAUGUGCGGCACGACGCCUCAUCCGACGUCCCCUAUUUCUCGCACGAAAGUUCGGACGACGGAAAAUGAAGUACACUCCUAGUCUCCAUUCAUCUGACUCUUUUAUAUAUGCCCGAGGACCGGAAGGUGAGACUAGAGGGCGAGCUCGUGGAGUCGUGGAGAAGGUCGCCAUGGGAAGUGGGAGUGGAGUUCUUGCGAUCGUUAUCUUGUUUUCGAUUGUUUUGGUUUCUACGGUGGUUUCUGCGGAGGGUGAUGGCUUGAUCAGAGUCGGGCUGAAGAAGAAACCGAUGGACCAGAACAGCCGGCCGGCUGCGAGGUUGGUGGAGAAGGAGGGGAAGCCCCUGGUGGCAGGCAAGUAUGGCCUUCGAGGCGGUCUCGGGAACGGGGACGAGACGGACAUCGUAUCGCUCAAGAACUACAUGAACGCGCAGUACUUCGGAGAGAUUGCAAUCGGGACCCCGCCGCAGAAGUUCACUGUGAUUUUUGACACCGGAAGCUCGAAUCUUUGGGUUCCAUCUUCCAAGUGCUAUUUCUCGAUUGCUUGCCUUUUCCAUUCGAGAUACACGUCAACCCGGUCAAGCACCUAUCGGAAGAAUGGAAAGCCUGCAGAUAUUCAUUAUGGAACAGGAUCAAUUUCUGGUUUCUUUAGCCAAGACCAUGUUACAGUUGGUGACCUAGUUGUCCAAGACCAGGUCUUCAUUGAAGCCACUAGGGAGCCAAGCAUCACUUUCUUAGUUGCAAAAUUUGAUGGCAUACUCGGACUUGGGUUUAAAGAAAUCUCAGUUGGGAAUGUAGAGCCUGUCUGGUACACUAUGGUUAAUCAAGGUCUCAUCAAGGAACCAGUUUUCUCUUUCUGGUUUAAUCGACAUGCAGAUGAAGGGGAGGGAGGUGAGAUUGUAUUUGGUGGAGUUGACCCAAAUCAUUUUAAGGGUAAACACACAUACGUCCCUGUGACUCAGAAAGGUUACUGGCAGUUUAACAUGGGAGAUGUCCUUAUUGGUAACCAAUCAACUGGAUUCUGUUCUGGAGGUUGUGCAGCAAUUGCUGAUUCUGGAACUUCUUUGAUUGCUGGUCCAACAACCAUUAUUGCAGAAAUUAAUCAAAAGAUUGGAGCUUCUGGUGUUGUUAGCCAAGAGUGCAAAGCUGUUGUUGCUCAAUAUGGGCAAGAGAUUCUGGAUAUGCUCUUGUCAGAGACACAACCAGCAAAAAUUUGCUCUCAUAUUGGCCUAUGCACCUUUGAUGGAACCCAUGGAGUUAGCGUGGGCAUUGAGAGUGUGGUGAAUGACAAUGGGGAUCUAUCAGCUGGUCUUCAGAGUGAUGCUAUGUGCACUGCUUGUGAGAUGGCAGUUGUGUGGAUGCAGAAUCAGCUGAAACAGAAUGAGACUCAAGAACUCAUAUUGAAUUAUAUCAAUGAGCUAUGCGAGCGACUGCCUAGUCCCAUGGGAGAAUCAUCUGUGGACUGUGCUAGCCUUGCUUCUAUGCCUUCUGUUUCUUUCACUAUCGGUGGUAAAUCAUUUGAGCUCACACCAGAGCAGUACAUUCUGAAGGUUGGUGAGGGUGCUGCAGCACAGUGCAUUAGUGGAUUCACAGCCUUGGAUGUACCUCCUCCUCGGGGUCCUCUGUGGAUUUUGGGAGAUGUCUUUAUGGGAGUCUACCAUACCGUGUUUGACUACGAGAACCUGAGAGUUGGAUUUGCAGAGGCAGCAUAAGAAACAGAUGCCUAUACACUGCUGGCAUCUCAAAACUUUGGGUUUUUACAUAUUUCAUAUAAGAAAGCAGAGUGAGUUUGUCUUCUGAGAUGUAAGACAACUAUAUAAAGGUUUCUCCUUUGUCUAUGUA